GGUGAAGAACGCGGAUGUGACUGCCCUACCCAACGAGACAUUGGUGGAGGCACUGGUGCCUGGCGUUUGGGGACCACUCAUCGAUCAGUUCUUUCAGGUGCCCCAGGGCUUGGGUGUAGGAACAUCGCACUUCUCCGUAUACCUAGGACAGUUCUCCAAGACGUACGUGACCUCCUCCUCA